AUGUCAUUGGUAUUUGAUCCCGAUUUAUCGGCGCACCUUCACAACCAGCUCCUUGAACGGGGAUGGAUUGGAGCCGGACGAGAUGCCGAUUCAAUCCCGUCCAAGACCUGGUGGGAAGAGUCCUCGCCUAUUCCAUUCGAUCUCGCAUCUCGACUGAAACCGAAAUUGAUCAGGUUCCUACGGUCGGCAAAAGCCAUUAUAUUUGACUCUAGCUCGGAGUUCAAUCUUUUCUAUUACCUAUUAGGGCUUCAUGGGAAAGAUGACCUCUUUGUUCCAAUAUCUUUGCUCAGAAGGUUCGGCGAUCGUUUUGUCUGGUUGUAUCCCGCAACACGGAUAAGGAGUGAUGAAGAAGUCGGCAUAUUAUUCGAUCAAGAAACCGAGCUUGCAGCUUUCGUCCCAGACUGGGAUGAGAUAUCUUGGCCUGAUAGGCAACGGUGGGCAUGGCGGCCAUUGCAAAAUAUUCUGCAACUCUAUCUAGACAUGGUGGAAGAGGGCAAGAUAACAACAUAUUCGGAUCGUCGGAAGGAAUCUGAAGAACAUUUUUUCGGCUUCGGGGCAUUCCCCUGGCAAAGUCACCAACAUACUGCACUAGACGUUGAGCGGGCUGUCAGUGCCCUCACUCGUCUUCUUGAUGCCAUCGAGAUCCGACUUCCAUCAAAUUCGACGCAUUCAACACACGAAAGUGACCACAAACAGCCAAGCUUCGAAGGCAUAGCUCUCCCAUACUCGGGAUCGGUCAUUAAGGCGUCUUUCAUAGAACCGGACACAUUUGUUAAAGCUUUUCUUUCCGCUCUUCCUGUCCGGCACCUCAAAUUUCGCCAUAUUGCCCCUGGCAUUCGACUCCAAACCCCGAUCGAAUAUAUAAACCAACCACUUGCUGACCGUCGCCAUCAUAUUCUGAGUCCAGACCCUCUCGGUAACGAUCAGGAUACACCUUCAUUCCCUUUACUCUUAUUUCGAGGGGAAAGAGAGAACAAGUCACCCUGGACUCGGCCCUGGUUUCCUGACGGGAAGGCAGAGAACAUUCCCUCUGGUUUGUACAUUGAACCUACCGACAAAUAUUACAACUGGGAAUGUGGUAACCGGAGCCGACUCUUGCUGCCGUUUAGCAUCGGCAGGAAUGGAUUUGCUCGAAGUAGCAAUGGUAUCCCUUUCAAGUUCAAAAGAGCUAGGGGUCCGGGAUUUGAGUGGUCUGAUCAACUUUACAAUGAUGAUACUUUCAGUGGCUAUAGUGGCUACUUACCUUGGGACUCCCGCAGCUCGUAUCUACACAAAGUUCUGGAAAGUUGGGCUGAACAAGUGGAAAAGGGUGAUUGGCAGGUGGACGAAGACGGCGUUGUCGGUAGUAUUGACAAGUUUAAGGAGGCUGACACUGAAGAGCACUGGAGAGAAUAUUUUAUUCCUUGGUGA